GGCCUAUCAUCGGAUAUUUCGUGACCUUCUUGGCAUUAAAGCAUAUGUUGUACGGGCAAGUGCUGGACAUAUCGGUGGUGAUGCAACACACGAGUAUCAUUUGCCAUCGAAAACCGGCAAAGAUAGUAUUACGUACUGUAAAAAAUGCAACACAGGUGUCAGCACGGAAUUAUCGAAAAGCGGUGAAACUGCAUGCAGCUGUUCUUCAGCAAGUGAAUCUAUUUCUGUAAUCAAUACGGUUGAAAUUGCUCAUACAUUCCAGCUUGGUGAUUUAUUUGCAAAAAAAUUUGGUGCUAAAUUUGCUGGACAACCGCUGUUAAUGAAUUGUUUUGGAGUUGGCAUUGGUCGUCUAAUAGCAGCUUUAAUCGAUUUUCUGUCGCCAAAUCCAAAAACUCUUCGCCUACCAUACUGUUUGGCCCCUUUCAAAGUUGCCGUUAUUCUACCGAAUAAGACGCAUUUCGAUACAAUGAAUUUUGCAAAUGACUUUAUCGAUCAGCUUAUGCAAAUCCCUUCAUUAGAUGAUGAAAUUUUUGUGGAUGACCGACUGGAUAACUCGAUUGGACGACGGCUCAUUGGAGCUGCUAAUUUAGCUCAUAAUGAGGAACCGAUCAGUGUUGGUGAUCUUGAUCAUGUGGAGUUACUGAAUGUGGUUUCGGAACUACGAAAUUCUCCAUGA